AUGAAGGUGCUUGUACUAACGGCACGUCGUGUGGCGCGGGCAGCUAUCCCAGCAGCGGUGACCACAUUACAUCCAAAAACUGUACAACCACUGCUAAAUGAAGAGCUUCUACCUAUUGACGAGGAAGGCAUUUCCACGGCUGAGAGACGGCGUCGUCUUGAAGCUUAUUUGGCUCAUAACGCUGAUUUUUUUGACGAAAAGCGUUGGGGGGCGCAAGAUGGUGAAAAAUGGUUUGGUUUUGAUGGAGAUAUGGAUGCUGUUACUGAAGAGGGUGUGCCGACGUGGCUACAAUCUGUACGCAAUAUGGUUAGUGUUGAUGAGGAACGUGCCACCCGUGCUAAAGCAGCUCGUGUUGCCUUUCAUGAGGCGAAGAAUAAGGUUGUACGAGUACGAAAUGUUGACGAAAAAGGUCGUGCAUACGGCACCGGUCGUCGUAAGACAAGUACUGCACGUGUGUGGAUUAAACCCGCCGCGCAGCCUUUAAUGGGUCGUAUUCAAGUGAACAAGAAGGAUUUUGUGGAUUAUUUUGUGCGUGACUUUCAUCGCGAGGAAGUUUUAAAGCCUUUUUCAGUAGUCGAGCAAAUUGGUGGAUUUGAUGUGUACUCUACGGUUAAAGGAGGGGGCAUGACUGGCCAGGCUGGCGCUGUGCGUCACGGCAUUGCUCGUGCGCUACAGGAAUUCAAUCCCGAGAUGCGUCCUGCACUUAAAAAGGCAGGACUACUCACACGUGACCCACGUAUGGUCGAAAGGAAGAAGGCUGGUCAAGCUAAGGCUCGUAAGAAAUUUCAAUGGGUUAAAAGAUAG